GGCAUCUGGCUACUUUGCGGUUCGGCAGCCGGCCGGCGACAGUCCUCCGUCGGAGAGCGUUCGUCGCGCUCUCACGAUGGCCCGGCUCUGCUCAGCCCCGCAGCCUCUUGGGCCAUCUGGAGCCUCGGAACCUCUUUAGUGCGGAAAGUCGGGCCGCAGGUGGCGGGUGAGCAGAUCUGGAUUGGAUGGACCCUUCCUCAGAAGCUUUGCUAACUUGCAGAAGCUGGGCAAUGCUCCUCAUUAACAUCUGUCUGUCCGCAUAGUCCCACAUCAUUUCACUGUGGUGGAAGGGACUCAGCUUCAGCUCCGAAUUCUGUAUAGAAAAAACACCUGGAUCUCAAUCUUUCAAUGGCUUCAAGACAACCAGAAGUGCCUGCUCUUGCUCCCAGCGGGCCUCUAGGCAAGAUGUCCCUGCCCAUCGGGAUGUGCCGCCGGGCAUUCAGCUAUGAUGAUGCCCUAGAGGACCCUGCGCCCAUGACUCCUCCUCCAUCGGACAUGGGCAGCAUCCCCUGGAAGCCAGUGAUUCCAGAGCGCAAGUAUCAGCAUCUUGACAAGACAGAGGAAGGAGCGGCCAGUGUCUCUUCCAUUGCUGCGACUCCAUCAACAGCCACUGGCAGUACAGACAAGGCCCCUGUGGUGAAGGCUAAAGCUACCCAUGUCCUCAUGAAUUCCCUGAUCACAAAGCAGACCCAGGAGAGCAUCCAGCGUUUUGAACAACAGGCAGGACUGAGAGAUGUUGGCUACACACCCCAUAAGGGCCUUACCACUGAGGAGACCAAGUACCUUCGAGUGGCAGAAGCACUCCACAAACUAAAGCUGCAGAGUGGAGAGACAACAAAAGAAGAGAAGCACCCUGCAUCAGCCCAGUCCACCCCGAGCAACACCCCUCACUCAUCCCCUAAGCAGAAAUCCAGGGGCUGGUUCUCGUCUGGCUCCUCCUCAGCCUUACCUGCUCCGAAUCCUCACACCAUGGAUCCUGGGAGUGGAAAUGAUAGGAACUCAGCAGACAAAUGGAGUCUCUUUGGACCACGACCUCUGCAGAAAUCUGAUCCUGGUUUUGCCAUUCAGGCUUACAAAGGUGCUGCAAAACCCUCUCCUAUGGAGUUGAUGCGUUCCCAGGCCACACGAGUAGGUGAAGAACCAGCUACCUUUAAGCCGCCAAAUAUGGAUAUCCCAAUGGUAGAAGGAAAGAAACAACAACCACUUCGAACCCAUAAUCUCAAACCCCGUGACCUGAAUGUGCUCACACCCACUGGCUUCUAGAAUCUUUGUGUCCAGGGUCUGUAACUUCCCUGGGCUCCUACACAGGAGUGAUGGGGCUGAGGCCUGAGUGACUGUGCAGAUUGUCCUUGGAUGAGUGAGAAAAACCAUUUUGCACUGCUUUCAGGUUGGUGGAAAAUGUCAGUGGUGUGGAGUCAGGACCUCACUAUUUUUUUAAAUCAUUUAUUCUAGAGAAGGAUUCUGAUCCUUGCUUUCCUAGGUAAAUUAUGCUGGAGUGCUUCCAAUACUAAGGCUUCUUGAUUCUUUUCCCUUGAUCACUAUGAGCGCUGACAAAUCAUGGUAGAGGUGCCCACCAACCAGUUUGCACAGUGGAGGCCUCCUGAUAAUGCAUUAGCCUGGACUCUGAGAGCUGGGCACAGCUCAUGGCUACACUUGCAGGACCCUGUAAACUGAACUACAGGUUGUUCUCUCUCUCUCUUUCUAGGGUUUCUAGGUGUAGUCCUGGAAAUAGCUCUGAAGACCAGGCUAGCUUUGAAUUUACAGAGAUCCAUCUGCCUGCCUCCCGAGUGCUGUGAUUAAAGGCAUGCACCACCACUGCCCAGCUCAGGUUCUUUUUCUUGGCUAGUCCAGCACACCACUUUGUUCUCUUGGCCCCUGCAGUUGGAGGGCUGUGUAUCUGCUGUGUCACAGGACAUCACUAGGUCUUGGACAGCCCCUUUGCUCUUUCGUACUUUAAUGUGAAAUUAAUUUACCAUCUAAUUCAGUAUGCUGGUUUCAUACUCAAAACAGUUCCUCACUCCCAUUCUAUUACUGAAGACUAAGCCCAGGCAGGGACUUGCUCAUGCUAGGCAAGUGCUCUACCACUGAGCGCCACCCCUAGGUUCCUGGAUAUUACGCUAUUUUAGUUGUGUGUAUUUUGAGACAGCAUCUCCCUUUGUAGCCGUGGUUAGCCUGGAACUCAAUCAGUAGAUGCACAGAGAAGAUGUGCCCGCUUCUGCCUCCAAGUGCUGGGAUUGGAGGUGGACACAGCUGUACCCAGCUUAAGCUUUUGUUAAAGAAGACGAUAGGUACAAGUGGAUUACAGUCUUCAGGGUCACAUGAACUUGGUGCCACUGUAUUCUAAUAACAUUGAGAGCAUUUUCCACCAAGUCAGCCUCAUAUGUUCAGUAACACAUCUUAUGGAGGAAGGGAGGCAAGGAAGUGCCCUUCUGUGUCGUCUCGUUCACAGGUCUGUUGGUCUUGAACACUCACAAUUGCGCGAUCAUUUUAGAUAGUAGUCUGUUUACAUAAUGAGCUGACCUCAUAGAGAAGCCCUGGAGUCUAAGAUUGUUGUAAAAAUUAAUUUAUUUGUGUUAUCUUGUACUGACAAAUAAAAAUCUUUACUACUUUCUCAA